CAGAAGAAGAAAGAAAACGGAGACAUCGUGAUUUUAUAAAGCAUAGUAAACCACCGUAGUAACAUGGAUUUGGACUCCAUGAAAUAUGCGGAUUUGCGAAGUCUUGCGAAGGAGCUUGGGCUGAAAGCAAACGGGAAGGCUGAUAAACUCCUGAAAGCUAUAAAAGAGCAUUACCACGAAGAGAAGAACGCAGACGUGCAGGGUCGAUGCAGUGUUGGUGUCCCUGAACACAAAAGUGUAGCAGAAGACAGCGCUGUCCCUGUCUUUGUAAACACACGUCGGGGUAAAGGAAACCGCUCCAAGAGAAGGCUUUCUGACACUUCCAGUGUGUGUGGUGCUAAGACUCCCAGUGCUGCAGAGGGUGGUGACAAGCCAAGUGUCUGCAGCACCCCCACUUCACAGGGUAGCAAGAAAAGAAAGCUGUCCUGUCAUGGAGAACCUCAAACUACUGAGACUGACCAGCAGCACCCUGAUACUAAAGAGGAGAAAACGGCUCAAUCAACAGGAAAAGUACCAAAAGUGGUGAAACCUGGCAAAAUUCCCCGCUACAGAGGCUCCCAGCAGAUGAACAAGACUCUGUUGAAGCCCACCACACCUAAUUUUAAGAAAAUCCAUGAGGCGCAGUUCAACAAAAUGGAGUCCAUUGACACCUAUGUUCAGCGCAAAACAAAGCAGAUGGAGACCACCAGAUCUUCAGCCAAAGAUCUGAAGAACACGACUCGUGCCUCCAUGUUCAGCCCAGCCCAGCUCAAUAAGAGACCAGCUGCAGAAAAGCCCAGACACACUUUGCUGCCAGUCAGUAAAGCUCUUCAAAACAAACGUGCUGGGAAAGACGACCUUCCAUUCAGACCGUCUGUUAUUUCUACGCGCAGGAUCAAUGUUCGAUUCUCAGAAGCUACAUGUGACAACGAGUUUAAGAGGUCUUUGGUGAAGACCCCGGCACGCAUGUCGCUCCAGAGACCUUCCAGCACCCCUCAAAGCCAGACCACCAAAGCAAAGAAGCCACAUGUUGUCAUUACGUCUACUUUGUCUCCCCAAAAAACUUCAGAACUGUUUGUUUUUACUGGUGACGUCUCAACCACACCCGGAACACAAAAGAAGCCGACCUUUGAUCUGAAGGCCAGUCUGUCGCGUCCGCUCAACUACAAACCCCACAAAGGCAAACUGAAGCCAUUUGGAGAUGCUAAAGAAAAUGCAUCUGCAAACAAAUCUCUGAUCUCCAAUUCGCGUCAGGAAAGUUACAAACAACACAAGGUGCAGUCCAGGGACGACCGGAGGGCAAUACUAGCAGAGGACCGGAAGCAGAAGAAAACAAAACUGCUCGGAGCGAGGAGAGGCCUGGUCAUGGAAUAGAAACGCUUUUGCAUUUUUCUCAAGCUUCCUGUUCUCAUGUAAAUAAUUUAGACAUCCGUGCUCUCCUGAGCCAGUUGUAGGAACAUGGAUUCAGUCUGCUUUACUCAGCUUGUAGAUUUGUUUGUUUAUAAUAAUCAUUUUUAUCCUUUUGUAGUAAAAACUUUUACUUAUUGUUUUCCAUUUUGAGAUGAAUAUUUGGAUUAAAAUGGUGACCUAAAAGA